AAUUUGUAUAAAAAAUUAUAAUAUUUCGGUAGUUGGACAAAAAUCGAGAGAUGCGAUAAAAUGGAUAUAAUAUAUAAUAUACAUAAUAUAACAGUUUGGAAUAUCCUUGUUUACCUUUACACUGUGGAAAUGUGACUUUUUAUUAGACGUUGUCGUGCCUAUUGGAAACGUCGACUGUGGUCGGGGACGGGUGGGCGACGGCUAAAUACUUACCAGUGAGUCUGUUGAUCUGUAGCCUUGUCGUUGUCGAUUUUUAACCUAUAACCUGUAGCUGUACGAGUUUUGUUUUCAAAUAAUUUUUUUAUAAUCGUAUUUUUCGUCUUGAUGAGGUUUACGCAACUGCGCCAAAUCCUAAGCGAAUAAAGAACAAUGUAAUACAUCACAGUAGUUAAAUUACACUACAUAUAUCAGGUAAGAUAAACAUAAUAUACAGUUCUCUAAAACGAUAUUGUUGUUGUAAACGUAAAUUAAUAAAUUGUAGUUUGUAACGAUUAUACGUGAUAUAAUUAUUCUUAUUGUGUUACAUAUUUACUAGUCACGUUUCAAAACUCAUUUCUAAUCUAGUUUUUUUGGUAUUUAGUCGUGUGCAUAAUUAACUGUUUGAAAUGGAUACACCACCGAGCACAAGCAGAUAUUUUUUAAGGCGUACUACCAGAUCAGUGACUAAUGCUGUAGAUACUGCUUCUACCAUAACUAGUCCUCUGUAUGAAGGUAAUUUUGGUGUGUACUUAACCGAACAAUACGAUGUGCUCAAGAUGGUUUUGUCGUAUCUGAACUAUCACGAUCUCAAUGUACUCCGGCAAGUCAAUAGGUCCAUGCGAAAGGCUGCUAAUAUACUUUUGAAAAAACGUAGUUGGAUUCAAUGUUCGUCUCUAUCGUAUGUGUACAAGAGUGAUUAUUGGGCGCCACCAGCUUAUCAUGGACAUUAUGUUGAUUUGAAAAUUGAACCAAAAGUUUUAUUUAGUUUUGAAGCCUUGGCUAGUGGGUAUUCCGUUCGGUCCAGACCAACUAUCUGUUUGCGUCUACGAGAAAAAAACGGUACUUUUGAUCCUAGAGCUGACCUUUUGCCAAGUUCAGUUGAAGUGUUUGUACCAGUGGGUGCAAAAGGUAUAAUUUAUCCAGAAGCAAAUGAUAGUGAAAUGAUUAUUAAUAUUAUGCAUAGCAGUCUUCAUAAAAAACUGGCACUAGUCUAUUUGCCUAAAAGUAACGGUUAUGAUAUUACUGUUUUUAGUCAUGUAAUUGCAGCAGAAUCAUUUCCAAUACAUGAAUAUAUUUCCAGUGAUCCUCGCCCUAUUCGAGGGCUAAUAUUUCUGAAAGUUGGUACAAUGAACAUUGAUGCAAUGAUGAGAUUUAUAGUAAAAAUGGUGGAAGAUAAUCAAUCUGAACCUUUUGCAUUAGCUGGAGGACAUGUAUCAAGCUUGGAGUGUGAUAACCCACCAAAAAAGAAUCAACCAGGUAUUUUCAAGGUAAUUAUUAUUCGUGGCAAUGGUAUACGUUGUUUAUCAGAUAUCAUUAGUCAAACUACAAUUGAGGCUGUGAACGAAGAAUUAAAAGUUACUUCUACAUAUGUUAAAAACAAUUUUGGAAAAUAUGAUGUUCAUAAGACAAUUAUACUGAUGUUCCAGUGUGUAGAUAGGUAUUUAUUGUCUACUGAAGACCACGUUCAACUUGCAAAAGCAUUUCCGGAUAUUCCCAUUGUUGGUGUGCAAACUUGGGGAGAGAUUGGAUUGAGGUCUUUUAAUCCAACCGAUUCAAAAUUUACACCAAAAAAAAAACGAAUGCCCCUGGUGCACUCAAUUAAGACAACAUUUAUGCUCAUGGCUAUUGACUAAAAAUUUAAACUUAGCAUAUUUACUUUAUUAGUUACGUGAACAUUUUAAAUUAGCUUUAUAAACAUUACGUUUUAUUUAUAACCUAAAUAUAGUUAUUUACAAACUCCCAAAACAUUAUAAUUUUUACCUAAGGUUUUAAUUAUUAUACUUAACUAAAUUAUAACAAUCAGAGUGAAUCAUUAUUAUUUUAUAAAAAAUUGCUAUUAUUUAUGUGGAUUAUGAACAAAUUAUAUCUUGGUAUAAUCCCAUAAUAAAAUUAAAGAAUUUGUUGUUCUAAAUAAUAAAAUAAUUUUAAAUAAAGUUAAUCAAAUUACUUGGGAAAAUGUUGAUUGUUUUGAAAUGCUUCAUUAAUUUUUUUAAGAGCAUGGAUGUUUGAUAUAAUUUUCAUAUAAAUUAUGCAUUGCUUAUUACAUAACACACUAUUAUAAUAUUUAGGGUUAUUAAUUAUUAGAACUCAGAUAAUAUCAUUAAUACAUUUACAUAUUUAAAUGCAGUUUAUAUAUAGAACAUCAUUUUAAAUUUAUGUGGAUGUUUAUUUGUUGUUUAGGUGAACAUUUUUUUUAUUUUAAAUUUUCAAUAAUAUUAGUUACAAUUACAAUAAUAAAUGUUUGUAAUUUUGUGCACUGGUUAAAUAAAUUAACCUGCUGGACAUUUUAAAUUGAAUGGUAAAAAUAUUAUUUUAAAUAUUCUUAAAUUUGUUUAGGUUUAGAGAUCAAAAUUGUUUGAAAAAAUUGAACAAAAUAAAAUGUAAAGAAAAAAAUAUAUUUCACUUUUUCUUUUUAAAUUAAUAGAACAAUUAAAUUAAAAUAAAUUAUAUUCUACUGAAGUUCAUAAUGUUACAACAAUGUAUACAAUGUUUAUAUUUUCUAUAAGUGUUUAAGUAACUGUAUUAUUUUUAUUUAAUAUAUUUUUAAU